UGCUGCAGGAUGGCCGGAGAUUUACUACAAACACGUUUCCUCUCCCUCUUCGACUACAAGACGGAAAAAUACAUUGUCGCCAAAAAUAAGAGAGUUGGAGUUUUGUACAGACUUAUUCAGUUAUCGAUCAUCGGUUACAUUAUUGGGUGGGUUUUUGUAAGCAAGAAAGGCUACCAGGAAACAGACGAGGCCGUACAGAGCUCCAUCAUAACUAAACUGAAGGGAGUGUCAGUGACAAACACCUCAGAGUCUGGGCUGCUGGUUUGGGGACCAGAGGACUAUGUCAUCCCACCGCAGGGGGAAGCUGUUCUGUUCAUUGUAACCAAUUUCUUAGAGACACCGAACCAGAAGCUGGGACACUGUGCAGAGAGUUCAAAAGUGCUGGAUGGCCACUGUCGAGAUGACAAGGACUGUGAAGACAGAAAGAUGGUAGUGGCUGGUAAUGGGAUAAUGAGUGGCCGGUGCCUAAGAGAAGAUGUGAACUCCACUGGAACCUGUGAAAUCUAUGGCUGGUGUCCCAUCGAAAGAAAAUUCAAACCACAAGGGCCUCUGCUGACAAACGCAGAAAACUUCACCAUCUACAUCAAGAAUUUCAUCCAAUUUCCGAAGUUCGAAUUUUCAAAGUCCAAUGUACUUGAAACAACGGAUGACUCCUAUUUGAAGAAAUGCAGAUAUGAUGAGGAGCUCCACCCGUACUGCCCCAUCUUCCGUCUUGGAGACAUCACCCAGCGAGCCGGAUACGCUUUCAACGACAUGGCAACAUAUGGCGGCUCUAUUGGCAUUAUGAUACAUUGGGACUGUGACCUUGACAAAGGUUACUCUCACUGCCACCCACAAUACGUAUUCACCCGUCUAGACAUCAGCAUCUUAAACAAGACCAUCGCAGCAGGAUUUAACUUCAGACACACUCGAUAUUUUAAAAAUGCAGCUGGUGAGGGUUUUCGAUCUCUAUUCAAAGUCUAUGGUGUCAGAUUUAACAUCAUGGUGCAUGGGAAGGCCGGGAAGUUCAGCAUCAUCCCAACAGCAAUCAAUGUUGCAUCAGGUCUGGCUUUAAUGGGUGCUGGAGCUUUCUUCUGUGACAUGGUCCUUCUCUACUUAAUGAAGAAAGGAGAUUCCUACCGAGAAAGGAAGUUUGAAGGAUUCAGAGGAAUUAAAUCAACAUCUGAAAACCACAGUUUGAAGGAGGCCGCCACGGAGGAGGAGAAUCAGACCUUUUAGAGAAAAUACUGACGUGUCCUUGUUGUUGGUUCUGAUCGAACAAUGAAUAUAACAAUAUGAAAAAGGCCUGUAGCAGUUCAGUAUGACUGGUGCUUGACUGGAGUCGAGCUCAAGCAUCAUCUUAAAUUAUUGUGUUGUUUUUGUCAAUUUUAAGAUUUUAGAGCUUCAAAGUGAUCAUUACAUACAUACACUUAAUAUACAUUCAGAUGGAUAUUCUAUUAGGAUAUUCCACAUUUAGUACGAUUCAGAUUGACUGAAACUGAAGUGAUUGAUUUUCUAAACAACAACAAACUGUGCAUUUGAAUUUUAAUGCAAACUUUCCGACAUCAAAUACUUCUUUGUAUUGAUAAUUGUAUUAAUUGUGAUCUCAUGGGUAUUUAUAUCAAUUUCUGCAUGAAAACUGUCUAUUGUCUAAUUUUGUGAAAUGAUAACAAAUCUUGUUGGUAGAAGCUUCUAAAUGAGCCCAUAUGGUUUUCUGCCUCUCCGUGCACUCUAUAUAAUAGUUGUAAGUUUUCACAUGAAAAACUAAAAUCGGCAUCAAAUCUACUGUAAAAAAAAAAUUAACAAUUAAUAUAUGGAUGCUUGAAUAAACUUUGAGUUGUACUGUAAAUGUUUUUUGUGAAAGAUAUUGACAUCGAGCUUUUUAGUUUUAGCGUAUGGAUUGUCCCAGUCCUUUCUCUAAACUUGAAUCGCAUUCAGUUCAUAUCACAAGAGAAGGGAAACAUUGAUACACAGACUAGCAUUUGUGUUAUUUUUAGGCACGAGCAGCUUGUGUCUUUUGCCUCUGUUAAUUUUCUAAUACCGAGAUAUAGAGAUAAAAUAAACAGGAAACAACAGAACCCAAACAAAACCCACACAUACACAAUAUAAACCUGUGUGUAACGCUUUUUUUUUCUUAUUAUUCAUGCUCUUUUUACUGCAUGUUUUCUCAACUUGAUUCUUGUCGUCCUUGGUAUGUACCCUUGGGUACAUACAUUUAAGCGUCAGCUAAAUGAAAUGUAAUGUAAACUAAUAAUCAUUUAUAAUAUUGAAAUAUACCUCAUACCUGCAUUGAGUGCCAAGUUUCCCUCAACAUGUAUCAAAUUUCAUAGUGGUGCAUCAGUUACCAGUUAAUGCAUUUUAAUUAUUAAUUGAUGCAGAGGAGACCCCUGUUAGUGACCUAGUAAAGUAAAUGUGCUUAUAAAGAUUUUAAUAAUAAAA